AUGGAUGAGUCUAAUGAUAAUCGACAAGUAUGCGCCGGAAUGUAUGAUCGGAAGACUUGGGGAGGCCCGACUGAGCCGCAUAUAUUAGUUAAAUGGCUUCCAACUACACAGGACUCAGACGAUCCUGAUCCAAUUGCAAGUAUGAUUAUUUUUGAGUGGAGGGACUACGACCUUGUUGGUGUAUUACCAACCGUAGACAGCAUACAGAAAGAAUUCAUUUGCGACCCAGAAAAUAUCAGCAACGGUUUUUGUAAUAGUAAUCAAACUGGACAAUUCUUAUUGGCGCCAAACGCGACGGAAAAAUCGAUCAAUCAAAUCUACACAGGAGCCGUUCAUCUUAACAAUACUGGCCCGCCGAUCAAUUAUCCCAUCAAGAAAACUGGUUAUUAUUGUGUUGGCACAACUGGGUAUUCUCCUUCAAAUGUCAAAUACACUGCGGUUGUGGAGUUCCGAAAUGCCUAUGGGGAGCUUCCUGCAGCACAAAUACCAAAACUGCCAUUUUAUGGUAUCAUCACAAUUGUUUAUGCUGUUAUGGGAAUUCUUUGGGCCUUUCUAUACGUGCAACAUCGAGAAGAUAUUCUGCCUGUACAGAACUAUAUUACAGCAAUCAUUGUAUUUUUGAUAGUAGAAAUGCUAAUGACCUGGGGAUUUUAUGACUAUCUCAAUCGAUCCGGCAGCAGUGUUGGUUCGAAAGUGAUGAUGAUAAUUGUUGCUGUGCUAAAUGCGGGCCGCAAUUCAUUCUCAUUCUUCUUGCUUCUCAUCGUCUGCAUGGGUUAUGGUGUCGUCAAGCCUAGUUUAGGCAAGACUAUGGUUUAUGUCCGAUAUCUUGCUGGAGCACAUUUUAUCUUUGGGCUGAUUUAUUCUAUCGCGAGCUUGACAAUCACUCCCGAACAUGCUGGUCCCCUUGUUUUGUUUGUUAUUCUUCCAUUGGCAGGGACUCUCACGGCAUUCUACGUGUGGACUCUCAAUUCCCUAAACUUGACCAUGAAGGAUUUGAAUGACCGCAAACAAACUACGAAAUCGGGAAUGUACCGCAAGCUCUGGUGGUGUAUUCUUCUCUCGAUUAUCGUUAUAUUUGGCUUCUUUUUCUUCAAUUCAUUUACCUUUGCUUCGGCUUCGGAUCCUGACUUUGUCCCUUUCCACUGGAAAUCCAGAUGGUUCAUUCUCGAUGGUUGGCUCAAUAUUGUCUACUUGUUGGACGUCGGAUUUGUGGCAUGGGUAUGGAGACCGAGUGCAAACAACAGAAGAUUCGCCAUGAGUGACGAGUUGGCACAAGAUGAUGAGGGAUUUGAAAUUGCCGAUUUUGGCGCCGAGGAUGAUGACGAAGAUGAUGUUGAGAAUUCUGCCGCUCGCCGAGGUGACCGAACACAGCCUGGCCAAGAAGGAGCAAGAUAUGAUCCUCCACCGGGAGCUAAUACCGCAAAGGAAAUCCCAAGAGAAAGUCUUGAUGGUGAAACAAUUUUUGCGGUCGGAGAAGAUGCUGACCGCUGGUCGGAUGAGGACGAUGACGAUUCAGAGGCGGGGAAGAAACUUGUGGGCGGAAAAGGGAAAAAGGAAAAUGAUUCGGACGCAGAUUAA